UUCCGGUGCUAUUGGUGAUGAAAUGCUGCAAAAUCUGAGGCAACGGCUUUGAUAAAGCUUAUUGACGUAAAAUUAUAUUUAUUUUUUGACACUGUUAUCACUAUUGUGUCUAUUUUGAGACGACGCUGUUUUUACACACUCAACAGUUUAUAUUAUUGUUUUUAAAAGUCAAGCUGCGGGAUUUUGCGCACGUGUGAAGCUCGUGAACAUCCUGCGCAGUGCGCGCGGUACAACUUCAUUUUUGUGUUUAUACGUUUAUACAGCAUGUUGUUGUGAAGCAGGCUGCACACAUAGACUGUAUAACUUGAACUAACAGUUUAUCACUAACAAACUAGAACAUUUGCAUAAUGGUACCAUGUUAGCUGGAGUCUUUCCUUACUCUGUUUCAUGUCAUAUUUUGAAUGAAUUCCUCCUGAAGCUUUUCAGUCCUCGAAGAUGUCUGAUGCUUGCAGCUCUGAACCUGCAGGAGCAAUCAAGGCCAUUGACAAGCACUCAGUGCAUCAAAUCUGCUCAGGACAGGUGGUGCUGACUUUGGCCACUGCUGUCAAAGAGUUGGUGGAAAACAGCAUCGAUGCAGGAGCCACCAACGUUGAUGUGAGGCUGAAGGAGUGUGGAGUUGAACUUGUCGAAGUGUCGGACAAUGGCAAAGGAGUAGAAGAGGCCAAUUUUGAAGGACUGACAUUGAAGCAUCACACGUCAAAGCUGCGAGAUUUCUCUGACCUCAUCCAUGUGGAAACAUUUGGCUUCAGAGGUGAAGCCCUCAGCUCUUUAUGUGCUCUGAGUGACCUGAGUGUGGUGACUUGCCACGAGUCCAGCCAGGUGGGAACCAAGCUGGUGUUUGACACCAAAGGCCACCUAGUGCAGCAGUCACCUCACCCCCGGCAGCAAGGCACCACAGUCAGUCUGCAGCAACUCUUCUACACCCUGCCUGUUCGACACAAGGAGUUUACACGCAAUAUUAAGAAGGAGUAUGCCAAAAUGAUCCAUGUCCUGCAGUCCUACUGUGUCAUCUCUACUGGAGUGCGGAUCACCUGCUCCAACCAGAAUGGGCAAGGAAAGCGCAGCACCGUCCUCAGCACCAGUGGCAGCCAGAGUAUGAGAGACAGCAUCGGGGCCAUUUUUGGACCAAAACAGCUACAGAGUCUUCUGCCUUUUCAGCAAGUGUCUCCUGCAGAAAAUAUUAUAGAAGAAUACGGACUCAAAGACGCAGAUCUACCCAAACAGCUUUUUUCCAUCACAGGGUUCUUGUCACGAGGAGACCACGGUGUUGGGAGAAGUGCUACAGACAGGCAGUUCUUUUUCAUCAACAACAGACCAUGUGACCCGGUUAAGGUGACCAAACUUGUGAAUGAAGUGUAUCAUAUGUACAACAGACAUCAAUACCCAUUUGUCGCCUUGAACAUAGCUGUCGCCUCUGAGUGUGUGGAUGUGAACGUGACUCCAGACAAACGACAGAUUUUCCUUCAGGAAGAGAAACUCUUGUUGGCUAUUCUAAAGAGCUCUCUCAUCAACAUGUAUGAAGCCGGCGUCAAUAAGAUCAGCCUGAACUACACACCCUUACCCAGCAUCAACACAAAGUCUGCAUCUGAGAUCUGUCAGGUUGUCCCGUCUAACGAGGACAUGCCAGAACCUCUAGAGGACAUGGAACAAAAGACACAGAGCCCAAAGUCGUCCCUGAACUUGGCCGGCCUAAAAGCUGCUUUUUCAAGUCAUCACAGCUCCAGUUUUGUGCACAAGUCGAGUCUGGCAAAAGGUGCUAAAAGUGGUCCAACGCAGAAAACGAUGCAGUCUUUUUUUAAGGACACGAUCAAACCUCUAACCUGCAACCCAAGUGUAACAUCUCCAGUAAAACCCACAAGAGAUCUGGCUGAAUGCUCCCCGGUGGGAAAAUCUGUGCUAGAUGGAUUUAGAUACGGGAGGACGGUAUGCAGUGAUUCAGGCUCUAAGAAAGAUGUCACUAUGUCAACACCAGAUGUCCAGGGUUCUGUCCUGGAGUCUCCUGACAGUGUGAAAGACGAAACAUUGGAAGAAAUGCCAGACAAUAGUCACACUGUUCCUGAACAGCCAGAGUUACAGACUGAGCCAUCCACAGAGGAGAGUACUGUGAGUCCAGAUGCUAAGAGAGCCAGGAAAGAGAAUUUCCUAGGAAACGACAACCCCAACUCUUCUUCAAAAUCCUCUUUGAAGAUGGUGGAUGCUCCAGUCUGCCUACAGAAGAGGACAGUGCCCCUCCAGUUCUCUUUACAAGAGCUGGUGGGGAGGGUGAAGAGGUUGCAGGACCUGCAGAAACAGAGGGUCGGUGAUGAUGCGCGCUAUCGGCGCUUCAGGGCCAAGAUCAACCCCGGAGACAACCAAAGCGCAGAGGAAGAGCUCAAGAAAGAGAUCAGUAAAGACAUGUUUAAAGAGAUGGAGAUCAUCGGUCAGUUUAACCUGGGCUUCAUUAUCACCAAAUUCAACUCGGACAUCUUCAUGAUCGACCAGCACGCCACAGAUGAGAAAUACAACUUUGAGAUGCUGCAGCAGCACACUGCGCUGCAAGGACAGAAACUCAUUGCCCCACAGAAGCUUCACCUCACGGCUGUCAGUGAAAAUGUACUCAUAGAGAACAUUGAGAUUUUCCGAAAGAAUGGCUUUGAAUUUCUUGUUGAUGAGGACGCUCAGGCGAUGGAGAGGGUUAAGCUGGUAUCUCUGCCCACCAGUAAAAACUGGACGUUCGGCCCAGCGGACAUCGAAGAGCUGAUCUUCAUGUUGAGUGACAGCCCGGGGGUCAUGUGUCGACCGUCCCGCGUACGGCAGAUGUUUGCCUCUCGAGCGUGUCGAAAAUCUGUAAUGAUCGGCACUGCUCUCAGUGUCAGUGAGAUGAAGAAGCUUGUGGUUCACAUGGGGGAGAUCGAGCAUCCUUGGAACUGUCCUCACGGCAGGCCCACCAUGAGACACCUCGCUAACCUGGACAUCAUCUCUCAAGACUGACCAUGUCAAGGAGGAAGUUGUUGAAAAAUCCUACUUAACACUGGCUUCAUAUAACUGAAAUGCACAUUGGUUCCACUUGUUAUUUCGGUUUUAACAUCCCCUGCAUACGAAGAAGACUGAGUCCAAACCAUAGCUACUGUAUUUUUGUAUGAUUCAGCUGCUUGUUAUUGACUUGUUAGUGUGUUUUUCUUAAUAUCUGUUAAGAUAGUAUGUUCUGAUUUUAUUGUAUUUUGCAUCACAAUAUUUUUUUAUAUUCUAACACCCAAUUAAUUGGGUUAAUAAACAAGAUAUGUCA